UGCAUCCAAUGAUGAAAUCACAUAUCAAUAAAACCACUUACGACAAUACAACAAAUUCGACAAAGUCUUCAUUUGAGAUAGGAUCAUACUUCAGAUGUAAAACACAGGAAUGGAUAUCUAUUCUUGCAAAGUGUGACGGUGUAAUAGACUGUUUUGACGCUUCAGACGAAAUAGAAGAUUGUUAUGGAGGAAAUUUUGGAGAUCUUGUUUGUAGUAAGGAACAAUUCCAAUGUGCUGAUGGAGACUGCAUUCAUAUAAGUCAAGUAUGUAACUUUAUAGAUGAUUGCAUUGAUGGAUCGGAUGAAUAUUGCGAAAUUGUGCAGUGCUCAUCUCUGACCGAGUUUCGCUGCAACGAUGGACUAUGCAUUCCGUUACAUCAACGAUGUGAUUCUGUUCAGCACUGUAACGAUGGUUCUGAUGAAUUUGCUUGUGAGGAAUGCCAACUGGAUAUUGCCUUUCACUGUGACGUUGGAAGGUGCAUACCAAUGCGUCUUAAAUGUGACAAUUAUGACCAUUGUGAAGAUGGAACUGACGAACAUGCUUGUGGCAACAGGGUUUACACAUCAUGUCAAGAUGUUUGGGAAGCCGGAUUCCGAAAAUCGGGAUACUAUAUGAUAGGAAAUGUGAAAGUUGAGUGCAUGUUUGGUGACGUUUACAAGAAGAGUACGAUCACCACUGUCUUCACGUUUGACUUCCAUUAUACAUCAUUUUUAUUUUAUUGGGUGCGCUUUCGGGAAGCCCAUUUUUACAACAUACCAACUACAGCUAAAGAGAGUACGAUCAAUUUUGCAAUCUACAACAGAGAUAGUAGUAGCUGUAUUCAGCAGUUGAAGCCUCGGCGGGAUCAGGAAGUCCCGGUUCCAACGGCGGAGGGUGGCAACUUUGCCAUUUUUCAACCAUUGAAAAAUACUAGUCAUAUCGUCAACGAUAGAUAG